AAAUAGUAGUGAUGAGAUGGAGGAAGCUGACAGGUAAGCACAUGUGACGUGCCCUUUAAAUUCUCCUCCUUUCUCAUCGUCGGUGCUAAUAAAUUUAUAAAAGAAAGGAAGAAAAUCAGAGGGCAGGCAAGCUGGGCGUGGACUGAGAGUGAGAUUCUCACUGGAAAUGAAGAUGGAUAGAAUUAGAUCUAUGCUCCUUGUUUGUAUAAUCUUACUGUUGGUCGCAAAAGGCACAGUCGGAAGUCGUAAGAGUGGAAAGUCUUCUUCGUCUUCGGUUUUUUCUUUGUUCAAUCUUAAAGAGAAGAGUAGGUUUUGGAGUGAGGCUAUCAUACGUGAAGAUUUCCAUGAUUUAGAAACCACCAGCCCUUCUUCAAUGGGUGUUCACAACUACACCAAGGCAGGGAACAUUGCAAAUUACCUAAACCUUAUGGAAGUAGAGUCUUUGUACCUUCCAGUUCCUGUCAAUUUCAUUUUUAUAGGAUUUGAAGGAAAAGGGAACCAAGAGUUCAAGCUUCAUCCUGAAGAACUAGAGCGGUGGUUCACCAAAAUCGAUCACAUCUUUGCACAUACACGAGUUCCGCGAAUUGGAGAGCUUCUCACUCCAUUUUACAAAAUUAGCAUGGAUAAAAUGCAACAUCACCAUCUUCCCAUCAUCAGUCAUAUAAAUUACAAUUUCUCUGUCCAUGCCAUACAAAUGGGUGAAAAGGUGACUUCUAUCUUUGAGCGUGCCAUCAAUGUUUUAGCCCGCAGAGAUGAUGUAUCAGGUGACAGGGAUGGCACUGAUUCUCUUUGGCAAGUGGAUGCAGACAUGAUGGAUGUUCUUUUCACCAGUCUUGUUGAAUACCUGCAGCUUGAAGAUGCAUAUAACAUCUUCAUUUUGAAUCCCCAUCCUGAUGCGAAAAAAGCUAAAUACGGCUACAGGAGAGGUUUAUCUGAGUCAGAAAUAACUUUUCUGAAAGAGGAUAAGAGUCUGCAAAGUAAAAUUCUUCAGUCAGGGCAUAUUCCAGAAAGUGUUCUUGCUCUUGAUAAGAUUAAGAAACCUUUAUAUGGAAAGCAUCCUAUGGCAAAGUUUGCAUGGACAGUUACAGAAGAAACUGAUACGGUGGAAUGGUACAAUAUUUGCGUAGAUGCACUGACCAAUGUUGAUAAGUUGUAUCAAGGAAAGGACACUGCUGAAAUCAUUCAGAAUAAAGUUUUACAGUUAUUAAACGGGAAGAAUGAAGAUAUGAAGCUUCUUCUUGAAAGGGAAUUAAGGUCUGGGGAGUUCAGUGACCACCAUGCAGAAUGUCUAACAGAUACAUGGAUUGGAAAGGACAGCAGGUGGGCUUUUAUCGAUUUGACUGCUGGACCUUUUUCGUGGGGACCUGCUGUUGGUGGAGAAGGUGUGCGAACAGAAUUAAGUUUGCCAAAUGUGGGAAAGACCAUCGGUGCUGUUGAAGAAAUUUCUGAAGAUGAAGCUGAAGAUCGCUUGCAAGAUGCAAUUCAGGAAAAGUUUGCUGUAUUUGGUGAUAAGGAUCAUCAGGCAAUUGAUAUUCUUCUAGCAGAGAUUGAUAUCUAUGAGCUUUUUGCAUUCAAGCAUUGCAAAGGAAGGAGAGUCAAGCUCGCUCUUUGUGAAGAGCUUGAUGAGAGAAUGCGGGAUUUAAAAGAUGAACUUCAGUCAUUUGAAGGUGAAGAAUAUGAUGAAAGCCACCGGAGGAAGGCUAUAGAUGCUUUAAAACGAAUGGAGAACUGGAAUUUGUUCAGUGAUACUCAUGAGGAUUUCCAAAACUACACAGUUGCCCGGGAUACUUUCCUUGCACACCUUGGUGCGACCCUAUGGGGAUCUGUGAGACACAUCAUAUCUCCUUCAGUUGCUGAUGGUGCUUUCCAUUAUUAUGAGAAGAUUUCGUACCAAUUGUUUUUCAUCACACAAGAGAAAGUUCGACAUAUUAAACAAUUGCCAGUGGACCUAAAGGCUCUCCAGGAUGGGCUUUCCUCUUUGUUGAUACCUUCACAGAAAGUCAUGUUCAGUCAGGAUGUGUUAUCACUUUCAGAGGAUCCUGCUUUGGCAAUGGCAUUUUCUGUGGCACGACGAGCAGCAGCUGUUCCACUUUUGCUUGUCAAUGGAACAUAUAGGAAAACUAUCCGUUCCUAUCUUGAUUCUUCAAUUCUCCAGCAUCAGUUGCAGAGGCUGAAUAAUCAUGGAUCUCUCAAAGGAUCACAUGCUCAUAGCCGGUCCACCUUGGAAGUUCCGAUCUUUUGGUUCAUUCAUACUGAUCCGUUGUUAGUAGACAAACAUUAUCAGGCCAAGGCACUUUCUGAUAUGGUUAUUGUUGUCCAAUCAGAGUCCUCAUCCUGGGAGAGCCAUCUGCAGUGUAAUGGAAAAUCGCUUUUGUGGGAUUUAAGGAGGCCCGUCAAGCCUGCUUUGGCUGCUGUUUCUGAACAUCUGGCUGGUUUGCUUCCCCUUCAUUUUGUCUACAGUCAUGCCCAUGAAACUGCAAUUGAGGAUUGGAUAUGGUCGGUGGGUUGCAACCCUUUCUCCAUUACUUCUCAAGGUUGGCACAUAUCAAAAUUUCAAUCAGAUGCAAUGGCUCGGAGCUACAUCAUAACAACUCUUGAGGAGUCGAUACAACUGGUCAAUUCAGCCAUUCACCUUCUACUCUGGGAGCGUACAACUGAGAAAACCUUUAAACUCUUUCAAUCCCAGGAGCGUGAGCUAGUGAACAAGUAUAAUUAUGUUGUCAGCUUGUGGAGAAGAGUUUCAACUAUUGCUGGAGAAUUGCGUUAUGUAGAUGCCAUGAGACUGCUGUAUACCUUAGAGGAAGCAACCAAAGGGUUUGUUGAUCAAGUCAAUGCAACCAUAUCCCUUCUUCACCCGAUUCAGUGCACAAAAGAGAGAAAAGUAGAUGUGGAGUUUGAUGUGACAACAAUUCCUGCUUUCUUGAUUGUUCUUGGUGUUCUAUAUAUUGUGCUAAAGCCAAGACGACCAAAACCUAAAAUCAACUGAGCUAAUUUGUAGCUGAUGUCAUGGUCGCAAAAUAGUGGCAGCAAUUGUCUCAAAGCUUCUUGUAGAUUUCUCAUGAGAACAAAAAUUUUCCCCUGAUAAUCACACAUAGUUUGAUGUACACAGCUGUUAGAAAUGAUAGUUGAUCAGAGAAAGAAAAGAAAUGAGAAAGUGGCAAAAUGGUGAGCACACCAAAAGCAUAUAGCAGCAGUUGCUUCUCAGUUUUUGGUACCGUUCUUUUCAUUAAACCUAGAAUAUUGAUCUAAACAUUGUCAUUUGUAACAUGGGUAAAGAUAUUGCCAAGAGACAGCAGCUUUAUACGUAAGCUAAUUGUAAUACUCAUUUGUCACUGAUGAGGUAUCAAAACUGAAAUUUUCCAA